AAUAUAAAUUUACAAAUUACAAAUAAUAUUUAUUUUCGAAUAAUUGAUUGUCAAGUUAUUCUUAUACAUGCUGAGUCUCUUGUCUAAAUGUAGUUAACACAAGUUACUCAAUAUUCUAUCACUGUUUUUCUAAUUCUUUGAGUAUUUAAAAAGCUGAUAUUAUGUUUUCAAAAUAUACCGAAGAGGUGUUCCAAGUAUUUUUGACGCUAGUAUUGCUGCUACGACCGGUCGUCAGUCAUCCGUUCCGGCAAAAUAGCGAAGAAUGUCAGUAUCCGCAGGAAAACAAUGCAGACCGAAUGUACAAUGUACCACCGGCGUGUGGUGAAGGAAAAUUCCGGGACCCGCUUGAGAUCUUAGGCGUAAAAUUCCCAGAAACCAGAAUCAAGCAUUUGUGCAAGGCUGACGUGUACAUGUACGCCGACAAGAUUUCGAACGUGAGUUUUCCGGCCGACGCCAUCAAACUUUGCGGGGCCGUGUGCGAAGGUUACCAAGACACUAUGAUCUUUGACGUAGGAGUAAAAGUGAAGGUGAUCAACGCCAACUGCGAUUACACUGGCGCAACAAUUAUUGAACAACAUUCGGCAAACGAAACACACCCGGCCAUAUGUCCGGACCUGAGCACCGCGUGCGUGUGCACCUAUAACGUCCGUUGCAACCAGCGGACGAGGCCCAUCACGUACACGUUGACUCCAAAUCAAAAGGGAUAUCUCAGGGUGGAGGUAGCUGAUUGUGGGAAUUCAAAUGUCACCUGAAUCGUCUCCCACCCCGAGUUACGCGUAAAUGCGACUACAGAAAUGCGUAACUUCGCUGCGUGGAUCUCUCCACGCGACUUCCGGGUGGUCGGGGAAUCAAGUAACAUACAUGGGUACAACCGUCUUCUGCUCGGUGAAACGUGAAUGCCGGUUGCGACAGACAUUGUAGGAUCACACGUACGCGGUACUCAGGUUCGGCUACCGUGAUCCAAAGAUACCCUGGCGCCCUAAUUUUGCUCUGAUCUAAUCGUUUUGAAUGAGCUUGUGGUUGUUGUCAGUUUACCACAUAUCACGAAUUUGUGGUGGUUGCAAGUGUACAGACACAAGGCUCACAAACCGUGUUUUGUUAUACAUAUUUUUAUAAUUAUAGCUUAAAAAUAAACGUCUUCAUUGUUGAAGGCAUAUUUUAUAAUAUAA